CCCGGCAGAUGGGAGCCUCUUCCCCGAUGCCAACGGCAUGCCUUUCUCCCCGACCCAGGUGCCAUCCGCAAAAUGCCAGACGUCGAGGAGAGCGUGCCCCCGAAGGACCCUGGCGACGCAGAGGGCAGGUCCUGUAAGCCCGAAACCUCACGACCGGCCCAGGACGACAAGAGUGGCCCAGAGGACCCCUCUGUCCUUCUUCCUGUCACAGGUCUGGCAGAGACAGUUCAUGCAGUUUCCGAGCUGAACAACAAGACUGAAGGGAACCAUGAUGACCUCAUAGAAGAGAAGCUUCUGCCUCCAAGCAGUCUAGGGGGCAAGGGCAAGGAGACGAUGCACAAUGCCUUUUGGGACCAUCUUAAAGAGCAGCUAUCAGCCUCUCCCCCCGACUUCAGCUGUGCUCUUGAACUGCUGAAAGAAAUUAAAGAGAUCUUACUGUCACUGCUAUUACCACGCCAGAACCGCCUCCGAAGUGAGAUCGAAGAAGCUCUGGAUACGGACUCGCUCAAGCGGGAGGCAGAACGUGGGGCCCUGGAUGUGCCUUAUCUCUCCAAGUAUAUUCUCAACAUGGUGACUCUGCUGUGCACACCAGUUCGAGACGAAGCAGUGCAGAAACUAGAAGACAUUUCAGACCCUGUUUGGCUCCUGAGAGGGACCUUCCAGGUUCUGGGCCUGAUGAAAAUGGACAUGGUGAACUACACUAUCCAGAGCCUUCAGCCCCGCCUGCAGGAACAUUCUGUCCAGUACGAGCGGGCUCAAUUCCAGGAACGUCUCCAAAAGCAGCCCGACCUCCUUGAUCACACCACCAAAUGGCUGACCCAAGCAGCUGCAGACCUCACCACACUGCCUCCGACUUGCCCUGACACUCCGGACUCCUCCAGCGUGGCCGGCUCCUCUCCUGAGGCAGCCAACAACCCAGAGCCCCUCAGCCCCUCAAUGGUGCUGUCCCAGGGCUUCCUGAACCUUCUUCUCUGGGACCCUGAAAACGAAGAGUUCCCUGAGACCCUGCUGAUGGACAGAGCCCGGCUGCAGGAGCUGGAGGCCCAGCUACACCAGUUGACCAUCGUGGCCUCAGUCUUGCUAGUGGCCAGUAGCUUCUCUGGCAGUGUCUUGUUUGGCUCACCCCAGUUUGUGGAUAAGCUGAAGCGCAUAACCACUUCCCUGAUGGAGGACUUUAACUCCAGGCCUGAGGAGACUAUGCUGACUGUGAGUGAACAGGUAUCUCAGGAAAUCCAUCAAAGCCUCAAGAACAUGGGCCUUGCUGCUCUGAGCAGUGACAGUGCAACAUCUCUGACAGGACAGCUCCAGGACAUUGCCAAGAAGGAGAACUGUGUCCGCGGUGUCAUUGACCAGCGGAUCCACUUGUUCCUCAAAUGCUGUUUGGUUCUUGGCGUGCAGCGGUCUCUGCUAGACCUCCCUGGAGGCCUUACUCUGAUUGAGGUAGAGCUGGCAGAACUGGGCCAAAAGUUUGUCAACUUGACAUAUCACAAUCAGCAGGUGUUUGGCCCCUACUACACCGAGAUCCUGAAAACACUCAUCUCCCCGGCUCUGACACUGGAAACAAAAGUGGAGUCUCUCUGAUAGCGUGGCUCAGAGGCCUGGCAUCUUGGACCCAGGAGACAGGCUUAUCAUUUUCCUGGGGUAACAUCCCCAGUGACCAGCAGAGCAGCAACCCCCCCCCCACCAAAUCCUCCAGCCAGUCCACCAGGGCUAUAGGGAUCACGCAUGUGAACACCAACUGGCCCAAACCCAUUCACUAAUAAACUUCUGAACUGCA